AAGCAUCAAUCAGAUGGUGCUGAACACAACGCGACUCGCAUCGCUCUACGCAAAGACAUGGCUUGAAAUACUACGAUAAAGUGCUCCUCCGAAGUCUUUUGUUGUUUAAAUGUCUAAUCGUUGCUUUUAAAUAUAUUAUCACCGAGUAGCACUGCCGAGAAGCGUCGGUUAGUGCGGCGUCUCCUCAUCUAGAGGCUUCGUUCUGUGGAACUGCUCAUCCGGACCGUGCAGUGCAGCGGAGGUUGUGGCACUAGGAGGAAAAGUAACUGUGAAGGCGCGCACAUCUCCGCUCAUAUCUCAGCAGCGCAGUACGCAAAGAUGCAGCGACCCAUCAGGACCGGGUUGAAGCUCUUGCUGUGGAUUUUUAGUCACCUCAGCAUCUCUCAGGCAGCUUUUCCAUCAUCCCAAAAAUGUGAUGAAGCGCUGGUCACGCCACUCCCCCAUAAUGCCUUCACCAGCUCCUCUGUGUUCACCAGUGGUUAUGCACCUGGUUACGCCAAGCUAAACAAGAGAGGAGGUGCUGGAGGCUGGUCUCCACUUGACAGUGAUCAUUACCAGUGGCUGCAGGUCGACCUGGGAAGCAGGAAACAGGUCACAGCCAUCGCAACACAGGGUCGAUAUAGCAGUUCUGAUUGGACAACAUGCUACCGGCUCCUCUACAGUGACACGGGCAGGAACUGGAAACCAUACCAUCAAGAUGGAAACAUCUGGGCAUUUGCAGGUAACUCCAAUACAGAGAGUGUGGUUCGGCAUGACCUGCAAAACCCAGUUGUGGCUCGUUACAUGCGCAUCAUUCCUUUAGACUGGAGUGAAGAGGGACGGAUCGGCCUCAGGUUCGAGAUCUAUGGGUGCCCUUAUUGGGCAGAUGUGAUUAAUUUUGAUGGGCAGGGGGUGAUCUCUUACCGCUUUAAAAUGAAGAAGAUGAAGAUUUUGAAGGACGUGAUUGCACUGAAGUUUAAAACAUCAGAGAGUGAAGGGGUGAUUCUGCACGGUGAGGGUCAACAGGGCGAUUACAUCACCCUGGAGUUGAGAAGAGGCAGACUUCUGCUGCAGAUAAACCUUGGCAGUAAUCAGUAUGGCUCCAUCCUGGGCCAUACAUCUGUGACCAGCGGCAGUCUGCUAGACGAUCAUCACUGGCAUUCUGUAGUAAUUGAGCGCUACAGGAGAAAUGUCAAUUUCACCCUUGAUCAGCAUACUCAGCACUUCCGCACCAAUGGGGAGUUUGACCACCUUGACCUGGAUUAUGAGCUGACUUUCGGAGGAAUGCCUUAUUCUGGCAAGCCAAUCACGGGAGGCAGAAGGAACUUCAAAGGCUGCAUGGAGAGCAUAAACUACAAUGGAGAGAACAUCACCGAUCUGGCCAGAAGAAAGAAACUAGACACUUCAAGCUUUCGGAACCUGACGUUCUCCUGUGUGGACUCGCACACAUUCCCUGUCUUUUUCAAUGGCACCAGCUUCCUGCAGCUUCCAGGCAGGAGAGACCACAAUAUGGUGUCUGUGGGUUUCCAGUUCCGUUCUUGGAAUCCAAGUGGUCUGCUCCUGUUCAGCUCCCUGGCUGAUGGAAUGCUGGAACUGUCUCUAAACGAUGGAAAAGUCAUAGCGCACAUCAACGUCACCCAGCAAAAAAACAUGCGCAUAGACAUUGCAUCAGCAUUGAAUCAUAAUUUCUCGGGAGCCAGUGGUUCUGGCCUGAAUGAUGGAGAAUGGCAUGAUGUUCGUUUCCUGGCCAAAGAGGACUUUGCCAUGCUGACCAUUGAUGGCAAUGAAGCAUCGGCUGUUAGAAGCAACUCACCUAUCAUGAUCACAACAGGAAGCACAUACCACUUUGGAGGUUAUUUUUUAAGAACCAGAGCAUCUCCAUCCCAGCACUCAUUCCAGGGCUGCAUGCAGCUCAUUCAGGUGGACGAUCAGCUGGCCGACCUGACUGCAGUGGAGCAGGGGAGGAUGGGAGCCUUCGAGAAUGUCAGCCUGGACAUGUGUGCCAUCAUUGACAGAUGUAUGCCAAACCACUGUGAACAUGGAGGCAGAUGCAGUCAGACCUGGGAUAGGUUUACAUGCACAUGUGAUGGGACGGGGUAUACUGGAGCUACCUGUCAUACAUCUGUUUAUGAGCAGUCCUGUGAAGCUUAUAAGCACUUGGGAAGAUCUUCUGAUGCCUACUGGAUUGACCCAGAUGGAAGUGGACCAUUAGGUCCAUUCAAAGUCAUCUGCAACAUGACAGAGGACAAGGUGUGGACAACUGUGGUGAAUAACCUGCCAGCACAGACAGCAGUGACAGGCUCUAGCCGGGACAGACGGACAGUACUGCAGCUGAACUAUAGUGCCUCUAUGGAGCAGGUCACAGCCAUAACCAAUAGUGCUGAACACUGCGAACAACACAUUGCCUACGCCUGCCGAAUGUCACGCCUACUCAACACACCAGAUGGAACACCUUACACGUGGUGGGUUGGCCGUGGUAGCGAGAAGCACUUUUACUGGGGCGGCUCUGGGCCUGGCAUUCAGAAAUGCGCAUGCGGCAUUGAACGCAACUGCACCGACUCCAAAUACUACUGCAACUGUGAUGCCGACCAGAAGCAGUGGAGGGACGAUUCUGGGCUUCUAGUGUAUAAAGACCACUUACCGGUCAGCCAAGUGGCUGUCGGGGACACAAAUCGACCCGGCUCGGAGGCCAAGCUGACAUUGGGACCACUACGUUGCCAUGGAGAUCGUAGCUACUGGAAUGCAGCAUCCUUCAAUACACCCUCUUCAUAUCUGCACUUCUCCACUUUUCAAGGAGAAACAAGUGCUGACAUCUCCUUUUACUUCAAGACCUCUGCUCCCUACGGCGUCUUCCUAGAAAACCUUGGGAACACAGAUUUCAUCCGUUUAGAGCUGAAAUCCCCCACAGUGGUGUCAUUCUCGUUUGAUGUGGGAAAUGGACCUGUGGAACUGAAAGUGAACUCUCCUACCGCGCUGAACGAUGACCAGUGGCACCGGGUCAGUGCGGAGAGGAACACGAAAGAGGCCAUUCUGCAACUGGACCAGAAAUACAAGGAGGUCAGACCUGCACCUACACAGGGACACACACGCCUGGAGCUCUACAGCCAGCUAUAUGUGGGUGCUGCUGGAGGUCAGAGAGGGUUUCUUGGAUGCAUCCGAUCUUUGAAGAUGAAUGGGGUGACCCUUGAUUUGGAAGAGAGGGCGAAAGUCACUCCUGGUGUAAAGUCCGGUUGUUCGGGUCACUGCACCAGUUUUGGAAUGUAUUGCCGCAAUGGGGGCAAGUGUGUGGAAAAAUACAAUGGCUAUUCUUGUGACUGCACUACCACAGCUUAUGAUGGACCUUUCUGUUCCAAAGAUGUUGGAGGGUUUUUUGAGGCGGGCACACUAGUCAGGUAUAACCUCAUACCAGAAGUGGUGGCUGCGGCCUCUGGCCUGGAUGAGAAGAGCAAAAUCCUGAGCCUUCCGGUAGAGACCAACCUGACACGAGAAGAUCUGACUUUCAGUUUCAGUACAUCCACUUCUCCUAGUAUACUGGUCUACAUUAGCUCGAAGACCCAAGACUACAUGGCCGUGGUGCUCCGUCACAAUGGUACCUUGCAGCUACGGUACAGUUUGGGUGGUCUCAGGGAACCCUUCACCAUUGAUAUUGACCAGAGGAACCUGGUCAAUGGGCAGCCUCACACCGUCAAUAUCUCCCGAGUGGAAAGAGACAUAGAGAUACAGCUAGAUCAUUAUCCUCCAGUCAGCUACACCCUGCCUGAAGCCUCAGACACACAGUUCAAUCUGGUGAAGUCUCUCUUUCUGGGUAAAGUGUUUGAAACUGGUCACAUCGACCCAGUCCUUAUAGAAAAAUACAAUACCCCCGGGUUUGUGGGCUGUCUGUCCAGAGUGCAUUUCAACAACAUAGCUCCCCUGAAGGCUGCACUCAGGUCUCGUGGUUCUGUCUGGCCUGUUUCACACCAGGGUAAACUGGUGGAAUCGAACUGUGGAGCAUCACCCCUCACAAUCCCACCCAUGUCUGCUGCAACUGACCCAUGGCACCUAGAUGCAGGUGUUGAUUUCCCCUUCAAUGAGGAAAGAGUCAUACCAGAUGGGGUUAAUAGGAACUCAGCUAUAAUAGGAGGCAUCAUCGCAGUGGUGAUCUUCACUAUUCUGUGCACUCUGGUGUUUCUAAUCCGGUACAUGUUCCGCCAUAAAGGCACCUACCAUACCAACGAGGCCAAGGGGGGUGAAUCCUCUGGAUCAGCUGAUGCGGCCAUUAUCAGCACUGACACCAAUUUCACAGAGACCAUCGAUGAAAGCAAGAAGGAAUGGUUCAUCUAAUGCAGCAGCUCUUACCAGAGCUGAGGGCUGGGGGUGUAUAAACUGUUUCAGAAUCUUUUUUUUUAAGUAUCAGAACUAACAUUUUGGGAUCAAGCUCAUCACCAGUUUUAGAAACUGUUCUGUACAUAGUAACUGGCUUCACUCUUUCUAUUGUGUUUUGGAAAAAAUCGUUUAAGUUUCUAUAUUUGGAUGUCACGUUAAUACAUAAUUUCACCCUGUGUUCUUGUGUAAAAAAACAAAUUAAAUAAAUUAUUGGUCAAAAGCCUUUCUUAUAUGGAAAGUUUAUAGUAACACAAUAUUAUCUUUUUGUGUGUUUUUUUGUUUACUCUUACAUGCAAUUAUUGUGUAAAAUGUUUUAGAAUGACUGUAAAUGCUAAAUGCUCUAUUUGAAUAUUUUCAUUUAACUCAUUGCACAAUUGACAGAGAUUUAAUUUAAAAAUGACAUUAGAUUAUAUAUCAUCUGUGUUUCAGUGAAGGGAGAAAAUUGAGGCAUGCACCAGGAAUUUUGUCAAAUCAAUGAUGCUGAUUUAUUUCUUGUGUAAGCCUUUUUAUUUAAGUUAAUUGUAUUUUGCCAAACACCUCUUGGUCUUAAGCAUUUGUUUUGCUGAAGGCUUGUAUCGUGGCAUAAAGACGUUUUUUUAUUUUUUAUUUAAGCAGGCUGUUUUCAAAGCAUUGGCAUUUUGAUAUCUGGCAGAUUAAUACCCAAACAAGUAUCAUCCAUGUCUAUCACUGCAGAUGAAGAGGGUGCCUACUGAUACUAAAUUAAUGACUUAAUUCAAGUUGCCUUUGGGAUUCAGCCAGUUAGCUUUCUGUUUGUGUAGUUGCUUUAUCCAGUUAUAGAAGUAAAAGGAGAAAUCCCCACAAACUAAAUGGCCUGUUUAUUUGGUAUACAGUAAUUACACUCAUGAGUUUAGAGGUUUUUGGAACAGCAGUGUUAUUCAAAUGUCCUUACUGGAACAUGCUACAAUAUUUCAAUCAUUUAUUGCAAGUGUUCACUUGUUUUCACGUUUAAGGCGUGCAUUUUGUCAAAUUAUUGUUGACAUGUCAAAAUAUUUUUCAUUGUCUUUUUGUAUAAUAUUAUUCACUUUUAAAAAUAAAAUGUCAAAUAUAAUUAAUUAUUCAUUCUCUCAGAUACUGGUUUACAGAUCGAUUUUAGCAAAUUCAUAAUGCUCACCAUCAGAUUUAUAUGUGAUACAUUUAAUGUGAAAAAUAUAUAUAUUUAAUAGCUCAACAUUCUCUGUCACGACACAUCUGCCAUGUAUUGGAGAAAUUCUGAGUGCUUCUGUCUCUGACACAGUACAGUUCAUUAUAAUUCUCUCAUAGAGAUGUCAAGAAAGUUUAAGAAAUGUAAUGUUACUUAUGUGGUAUUGAACGAGUCCAGCAUUGUUGUUCUUUGUAACUAAGGUUUUAAGUAUAAUGUUAUAAGCUUGGAGGAAGGGGAAGGGUCUCUUGUGUUAGCAAUCACAACACUGGAUAUGGGAUAAUGAGGAAUUGCAGAUUCAAGAGAAUGUUGAUGUUUCAAUUGUUGGACCUUAAACUCUUUUUAUAUUCUAAUAACAAUUGUUUCACCCCUCAUUUACAUGUUUAACAUUUUUUUUUUUGUAUAAUUGUAUUAGUCAGUUAACAUUCACAAUAAAUAAAAUCUAUGGAUAUAUUUUUAUGAUGAUAUUUUGUAAAUUACCUAGCCUUUCAUUGUAUAUCACCUGUGUAUUAGGCCUGAAUAUGUUCAAAUGUUUUAAGUAUGAGUAAAGAAAGAAAGUUGUACUUAAGUGCAUCUUGUAGUGGAGAAAGAAACUAUCAUACUAUUACCCCUUUCCAAACCGUUUUCGGUAUUUUGAAAUGUUUGUUUUGUGGAUGCGAUGUUUUUCUUUGUUUUUCUUUUCAUGACAAGAGGUGUCUUUAAUUAUUAUUAUUUUAUUUUUUUACAGAGAUCAGUUCUGCUGCCUCUCUCUCAUAUGUCACAUGUAUAGGCCUUUUAUUAAAUGGAAAUACAUAAGAAUUUUUUGACCACAACAAUUCAAGAAAGUUUUGGCAUUUUUAUUAUUUGAGUAAAUAGUAAGAGUGAAAGUGUAAACAAUAUAACAUAUUUACUCGUCAGUAUCUCAUAAUUGCAUUCUGCUUGUGUAUUAAACGUAUUGUUUAAUGGCAGCAUGACCACUGUAUGUGAAAUUGUACAUACUGUACUUUAAACUAUUGUGCAAUAUCACAAUUGUAUUUACUCCUGGAGACAUAUUUUUUACCUUUUGUUAUGAUGUCGACAAGUCAGGAAUGAACAGGACAAUACCUAUUAUAUUUAGAGCAACUCAGUUCUUGAUUAGCUGUUUAACGUAAGAUAUUUGUACUGACCUCUUUUCAUCCAUCUCAUUACUGUGUAAGGCCUGAUUGCAAAACAAGGGAAUUCUUCAUCAAUGUGGCUAUUCUUAUGGGAAGGGGAUAAAUAAAAGUACCUAUCAAAAGUUUGUUAAGUAGAUUAUUUGAAGUCAACCACAAUACCGCCAUGACAUCAAACUUAGAUGGGAUCUUGGCCUUCCGAUUUGAACUUGGAGUCACACUAUGUGCGUUUUCAUUCUUAAAGUUUACACUUAAAUUGGCUUUACAGACUUACCAUUGUGUUGUAAUUGUAUUAAUGCUUAUUUAAAAUAUCGCUUUACCUUGUGCUUGUUUUUGGAUAAAAAACAGCAACUCUGCAUUUCAUAAGUGCAGUGCAUUUUUCUGAACUGAAAUAAGCCUAAAUGUGCUUCUAAACACAGAUAUAAGGUGCAAUUUACCUUUUCAGUUUACAAAACUAAUGAUCUAAAUUAUUUUGUUUCUGUAGGCUACAUAAGCCUACUGUAAGCCACAGAAUAUGCUGAACUAAGAAUCCAUGCAGGACUUUAAAUAGUUGUGAAAUAGCGACAGUAGAACUGAUUGCUUCGGUUCAUAAUUCAGAAUAUACUGUAUAAUACAUAAUAAUAAUAAUAAUAAUAAUAAUUGAGCCUGUGAGACAUUUACAUUUUUCAUAUUUUUCAUUUUACAGUCAGCCGGUCAUUAUUGCAACAUAAACUCCUUCAGUCUGAUACAAUACAAGAUCCUUCCGAUUUGUUCCAGGUCCUGAUCACUUUGUCAACGUUUAUUUUGCAAUUGAUUUGCUGACACAG